UAACUUAUUUAAUGACAGAUUUAGAAAUUGUGAUAGAGCUUGAAUAUAAAGAUUUUGCAGCUCAUGAAUUGAUUGAGUAGUUUGAUGAAUUUGAAUAAUAAACCGAAAAAUAUCAUCUUUACAUGAAUAGAGGAUCUCGACGGGAAAUGCUAGAUAGAGUAUUCAUAAUUUAUAAUUCAUUAGUACUAGAUUUUAAAUAAUCAUUAUGCAAUUUUUGAUGGUCAUGGAUCAUCUCAUGUGGCAGAAUACUUGACUUAAAAUUUAUUAUAGAAAAUCUAAAAUGAGAUGUCAGAUUAAGAUUACAAAUAAUGUAAUGAGUUUCACAUAUAUAUUUUAUAGUGUUUAACGAAACAGACAGUAAUUUAAGUCAAUACACAUAAUCAGGAUCAGUUGCAAUCCUAUUAUCUAUUUAAAAUAAAACUGUUACAAUUGCAAAUUUAGGGGAUUGUAAAGCCAUUGUAUUUAGAUAAGAUUCUCAUCAAUAGUUGAAUUCUAUUCAUAUUCCUCAAUCUAAAGAGGAAAAUCUAAGAAUUCAUAAAUAAGGAGGGUUAGAAAUAAUUUCUAUUAUUAGUUUAAUAACAAAGAGAUAAAAUAUAAGUAGAGUUUCUGGGUAAUUAACAGUGACAAGAUCUUUUGGAGAUUUUAAUCUUAAGAAAUUUAUAAUUAGUGAUCCUGAAAUGUCAAAAUAUAAAAUAAAUGAUAAUGAUAGAUUUAUAGUAAUGGCUAGUGACGGAUUUUGGGAUGUAUGUAUUAUUUAAAAUUUUAGGAACUUUCUGAAGUAGUUGUUCAACAAGUUUUAUAGAAAGUAGACAUAUCAAAAAAUGUUGCAAAAUAGUUAUAUGAAUCAAUUUAAAAUGAUUAUAUCAAAGACAAUGUAACCAUAAUGGUAUUUCCAUUAUGA